CGCCAAGGGCUCGGCGUCUCAUGAAUCCGGAAGUAUCGCAAGCUGUGGACUCGACGACACUUCCUGUUUUUGUCGGCGUGAUUUUUUUACGUUUUGGUGAGGUUUAUUCCAGAAGGCAAUUACCAAUUCAGCUCAUCGAUAGCGUCUGAAAGUCUACAGCGGCGAUGGCUCGAAAUGCUGAGAAGGCCAUGACGGCCUUGGCUCGUUUCCGACAAGCUCAGCUGGAGGAAGGAAAAGUCAAGGAGCGUCGUCCAUUCCUGGCGUCCGAGUGUAAUGAUCUUCCGAAAGCUGAGAAGUGGAGAAGACAGAUCAUCAGUGAGGUUUCCAAAAAAGUGGCUCAGAUCCAAAAUGCGGGUCUGGGCGAGUUCAAGAUUCGAGAUUUGAACGAUGAGAUCAACAAACUGCUGAGGGAAAAACGGCACUGGGAAUAUCGAAUACGGGAACUGGGAGGUUCCGACUACAAGCGCUAUGGGCCCAGGAUGCUGGACCAUGAGGGUCGGGAAGUUCCUGGCAACCGAGGCUACAAAUACUUUGGUGCAGCCAGAGAUCUGCCUGGAGUGCGAGAACUCUUUGAGAAAGAACCCGCCCCCGAGCUGCGCAAGACUCGCGGUGAGCUGAUGAAGGACGUGGACGCCGAGUACUAUGGCUACCGAGACGAAGACGACGGCGUCCUGGUUCCGCUGGAGAUGCAGCACGAGAAGCAAGCCGUGUCUGAAGCAGUGCACAAAUGGAGGACGGAUCGCGAAUUUCUUCCUUCCGGGGACAACAAAGUCCCACAAGAGGAAGAGGAGGAGCCCAGCAUCUACUCUGUCACCAACCUGGAGCCCGAAGAGGACGAGUGUGCUCAGGAGGAUCUGGAGGAAGAUGAAGAGGGCGUGUCCUUCUUCGCACACGUGCCUGUUCCCUCACAGAAAGAGGUGGAGGAGGCUCUGGUCCGCCGGAAGAAGAUGGAGCUUUUGCAACGUUACGCCAGCGAAACUCUGCAGCAACAAAGUCUGGACGCCAGAACGCUGCUUGGACUGUGACACGUGCGCACACGCACACACACAUACACACGCAUACAUGUAUACACACCUGUCUGUCAUCAGUAAUGGUGUCGCAACAGCGUUAGCCUUCAUUCCCAGGACGUUUUCCAAUUGUGUUUUGUAUUUGAUUUUUUUUCAAUAAAAGUUGACGGCGGUCAGACUGGAAGCGA